AAAUGACACAAUGAGACAAAGCUGUAAAGACUGGAGGAGCAUCACAUUGUCACUUCUGAGAUACUUGACUGAUUAAGUAAGCUAUUAGCUUUGCAUACAGUGACGAUGGUGUGGACGGUGCGUCUCAGUAAUCUGGUGUUAGGGGUCUAUGGAUUCACGUUGAUCACCGGCCUUCCCGCCAACAUCUUGGCAUUAUACACCUUCACCCAGAAGGUGCGGCAGCGCUCCACCCCGAUGGACGUGCUGUUACUCAGUUUAACCAUCUCUGACCUGAUCUUCCUCUUUUUCCUGCCGUUUCGCAUGGUGGAGGCGGCCAACAUGAAAUGGACGAUGCCGUACUUCCUCUGCCCGCUGUCGGGAUUCAUCUUCUACUCCGUCAUCGCCAACAGCACCUUACACCUGGCGGCCAUCAGCGUGGAGCGGUACCUCGGUGUAGCCUUCCCCAUUAAAUACAAGCUGAAACGCAACCCUCGAAAUGCCAUGAUAGCCAGCGUCUUUUUUUGGGUGAUUUCCAUGGUGCACUGUAGCGUCGUCUACGUCAUGCAAUACCACAACUAUUUUAACCCCAACUUCACGGAUCCAUCCAAGCGCAACACCUGCUAUGAAGAAUUCAGCGAUGAACAGCUCAAGAUCCUCGUUCCGGUUCGCCUGGAGCUUUUUUUUGUUUUCUUCCUCAUUCCUUUCCUCAUCUGCUGCUUCUGUUACAUCAAGUGCAUCUGCAUACUUUCCCGUCUAUCCAAAGUUCACACCAAGAAGCGGUAUAGAGCCAUCGGGAUGGCGUUGGGAACGCUUCUGGUCUUUGUCAUCUGUUUCAUGCCCUUCAACAUCACACAUGUGGACGGAUUUGUCAGGGGCUAUAGCAGUCACUGGAGAAAUUAUGCCCUGCUCACCAGCACACUGAAUGCAUGUCUCGACCCUUUCGUAUUCUACUUCUCUUCUUCAGCUCUCAGAGAGACUUUCAAGAAGGUGUUUCAGGAGCUGGGGCGACGGCUGCUCCCUCCCCGCUUCCGCUCGACUCUCUGCUGCCCUUUAUUCAACCGUGGAAGAUCAGAUGAGAGAACCCAGAGCUCUGAUGACAGCAUCCGCUAACAUAUCAAGCCAGGUUUUGCAUUGGUUGAUGUGCUUUGCCUGCUUAUGCAUCUUCAAUGCAUGUCAUUCUAUUACGCCACCGUGAUCCAAUGCUUUAUGGAUGGACAGAAGAGGAGCAGCUUAAAAAUGGUUUUCGGAAGCGAAAAUCGAGCAUGAUUGCACCAAUAUUUGACUUAAUUCUUCUCAGCAGCGCAAUUUUAUUCGCAAUGAAAUAAAAAGCUUGACCAAUUUGUGAACAAAUUGCAGUGCAAAAUCUAACA